AUGAGAAGAAUGAAAACUCCCUCAAGAAUGACUGCAAUGCUUCUUGUACUACCACCACCUUCUUGCCCUUGCCCAGCCAGGGUCAUCCAUGACAACUAUAGCAUUGUGGAGGGACUGAUGAUCACAGUCCAUGCCAUCACUACCACCGAAAAAACCAUGGAUGACCCCUCUGGGAAGCUGUGGCAUGAUGAUCAAAGGGAUGCCCAGAACAUCAUCCCUGUUUCUACUGCCACUAAGGCUGUGGGCAAGGUCAUCCCCAAGCUGAAUGGGAAUCUCACUAGUAUGGCCUUCUGUGUCUUCACCUCCUUUGUGUCAAACUUGAAUCUGACCUGUUGCCUAGAGAAAGUUGCCAAAUAUAGUGACAUCAAGAAGGUGGUGAGACAGGUAUCAGAGGGCUCCCUAAAGAGCAUCCUGGGCCACACUGAGGACUAG